AUGACCCCGACACCACCUUCUACCAAUUCCUCCACAGGCGCUCGCUCGCCCGAGGAGCAGUACCGCGUGGUUCGCAAGCGGAAUCGAGUGCCUGUGAGUUGCUAUCCCUGCCGGACACGCAAGCUCAAAUGCGACAGACUAUCCCCCUGCAGCAACUGCGUCAAGCGCGAGGGCGCCGCGCCUCAUUCAUGUUCAUACGCUACGUCCGCGAACCGCAAGAAAAAGGGCGUAUCCUCCGGAGACCAAAGUCCUGAUGAUAUGCAAAACCGGAUCGACCGACUCGAAGGAUUGGUUCUUUCUCUAAUGCACAAUGGAGGUACCGUGGACGCGGCGAGCGCUGAAGCCGCUGGGAGGGCCAAGUCGACAUCACAGUCACAGACGGGGAGCUCGGUCUCUCAAGUCAAAAGCAAAAAGGGCCGAGAGUCUGCCAUGGCGGAAGCUGAAGGAAGUGACGAUGAAGACGGGCUGGUCUCGUCUCUGGGAGUUCUCAAAGUGGAUGAGGUCCAGGGCAAGUCCAUGUACUUUGGCAGCGAGUCAUGGCACAUUAUGCUUGCGGACAUUGCCGAAGUAAAGAAUUACUUUGCAUCUCACAAAAAGGAGCUCGAGUCGAGCUACGAACGGGUCCGAUCAUCGAAACCACGGACAGCGCAAGAAGGGCCGACGCUGUUGCUCGGAGCCACGCCCACCACGGAGACGGAGUUGCGGGCGGAGCUGCCACCCAAGUCAAAUGUUCUCACGCUCUGCAGUCGAUACUUCAACUCGAUGGACAACGCGGUGAACAUCAUUCACGGCCCUACGUUCCAGCAGCAACUGCGAACACAUUGGCAAGACCCCUCGAAAACGCCCAUCAUGUGGCUGGCGCUGCUGUACUCGGUUCUGACGCUGGCGAUGUUGAGUUACCAUAAAGUAGGCGAUGAGCCGCCGGAAUGGAAAGGGAAAACGCUGGAGAUGGCCUGCGACUUCCGGCUCAAGACAGUGCAAGCGCUGAUCCUGGCUGAUUACACAAAGCCAGUGGAAUAUACGGUCGAGGCGCUGAUGCUGUACGUGUUUGGCGAGUACUCAUCAAGGUGGGAUGCAGACCUUGGUCUCUGGAUGAUUGUUGGCAUCAUGACGCGAGCUGCGUUUCGAAUGGGGUAUCAUAGGGAUGCCAAGUGGUUCCCCAACAUCCGCCCUUUCCAGGCGGUCUCGCUGCCAAGCAUGAUCCAUGACCAGGACUGCGAUACGCAGCUGCCCAACAACUUGUUCGACGACGAGUUCCACGCCGGGAGUAAGGAGCUUCCGCCCUCGCGACCAGUGACCGAGCCAACACCAGUCUCAUACAUGAUCGCCAAGUCACAGCUGUGUCUAGAGCUCGGGAGGAUCCUCCAAGCAACAGGUGCCGUCGACAAGCACGUUUCCUACGAUGAGAUCAUCCGGUUUGACGCGAAGCUGCGGCAAAUCAAGCAGGAGCUGCCACCUCACCUCAAAUUCACUCCGCUGGAGGGAUCGCAUGAGCCCGUGGCGCUGCUGAUUGCGCGAUUCAACAUUGAUGUUCUGUACUUGAAGAUAGAGUGCCAGCUGCACAGAAACUACCUUGCUCGGGCCAGGCAAAAUCCGAGAUACGCGCACUCUCGAAGAAGCGCGGUGGAGGCAGCGCUGCAGGCGAUGGAUCGUUUGGCGACAUUGCAUCGAGAAUCGCAGGCCGAUGGCCGGCUGCGAUCCGUGGGCUGGUUCGUCAAGUCCACGGCGACCAAGGACUUUGCUCUUCCGUCCACCAUCCUUAUCAUGGACCUGCACCACGACAACAUGCGGCGCCAGUCAGCAGACCAGAAGGAGGAGCACGAGGGCAAUUUUCUGUGGACACCUGAGCAGAGGGCGCGGAUGAUCACGUCGCUGGAGACAGCAGGCAGCAUCUGGAAGACCCUGGCGGACACGAGCAUGGAAGCCUUCAAAGCCAGCAAGGUCCUCGACAUUAUGCUCCAGAAGAUCAAGUCGCCAGCUUCUGGCACCGAUGCGCCCAUGGACCUGAUGGACGCCGAGCUCCUCGAUAUACCAUCGCCCAACACGCUAGCGCAGAGCUUCAUGACGCCCCUUGAUGCGAUGCCCAACUUUGUGAAUACCAACAACAAUGGCUUUUCGGCGCAGGAGCAAAGCACGUUUAUGGCCAUGGAUUUCGGGCUCUCCCCUGGCGCGAUGCCCGGGUACGGCGGUAGCGAUGCGUUUGGCGGUGGUCCUGGAAACAACCCCGGGUCUCCAUUCUCGAUGUUUGGAAUGGGGUCGAAUUCGGGCACGAUGCCUGACCUGUCUGGAAACUUUGACUGGAAUGCCCUCGACAAUAAUUAUGCGCAGAUGCCCAACUUCUCCGACCAGCCGCUGCAGCUCUUCAACAGUGGAACUGACGAUUCACCAGACAGCAUGUUGAACAGUAAUAUCAAGGACAGUGGCUAG